UUUGUGACAGCUUGUGCGUCAGCUGCUGUGGAAUGGAAGCUAGAACUGGAACAGUGUACUGUUGAUGUGUAGGAAUUUAUGUUUUUAUCCAAAAACAUCAUCUUUUAUGUCAACUAUAUUUAAGAUUUUUUAAUUUUCUGUUCAUAUUUCAAUUCUUAAAAAUGUGGAAAGUACGAGAGAUCGCCGAUAAAGUCACCAAUGUGGUGAUGAACUAUACUGAAGUUGAAGCCAAGGUUCGUGAAGCAACAAAUGAUGAUGCAUGGGGACCAACAGGCGCUGUGAUGCAAGAAAUUGCCCAAGCUACCUACACUUUUGAAAAUCUCCCAGAAGUAAUGACUAUGCUAUGGAAAAGGAUGCUGCAAGACAAUCGAAAAAAUUGGAGAAGAACUUAUAAGUCUCUACUAUUGCUCAAUUAUCUGGUACGAAACGGGUCAGAAAGAGUUGUAACUUCAUCACGUGAGCAUAUCUAUGAUCUUAGAGGAUUGGAAAAUUACACCUUUAUUGAUGAAUUUGGCAAGGAUCAAGGAAUAAAUAUCAGGCCUAGAGGUAUUUCACUCAUUAUAGAGAUUCGAGUUUAUAAUUUGUUUAAUAUUAUUACUGUUUCAGGAAAUGGAGAAAAAUGGCGGAAAGAAGAAAUUUGUGAGUGGGAUCAGGAUAUGGGAGGAAGAAGAGAACCGUAUUCAGAAUCACCCAACAAUAGUGAUGAUGGCGAAAGAUACGACUCUGAUCCAGAAAUUCAAACAAGCACUCACCAAAAUGUGUCAAAAUUCUCCACCAAAGAGUAUAAAGACUCAGAAACACAGGAAACCAAUAUUAUAGAAAACAAACUCUGUACACCUACGAGAAAGCCGAAAUCUGCUACACCGUCGAAGAAAAUUGAUUUAGGUGCUGCAGCAAACUACGGAAAAACAAUAGCUCCUGCCGAAAGCACGAACAAGAACAGUGGAAACAACAAUCUUCUGGAUGUGCUCGGUGUGGAAACCGCCGUAGAAACGAAUGACAAUUUUUUCAGUACGACAACUACAGAAACUCCAAAUGAAUUCGGUGAUUUCAAUUCUGCAUUCAGUAACAAUCAAAACAAAGUUUCAAGUGGGGAGAAAAAAGAGGAUGAAUUUGCUGAUUUCAGUUCUGCGUUUUCUUCAGUUGCGCCCGUGCCUAGUGUUAAUAGUCCAAUGUCAUUGUUUCCACAAUCAUCAGCAUCACAAAUUUCUUCAGUUACAAAUGGAAAUAGUGUGUCUUCGAACACUGAUCUUCUGUCUGGUUUGACCACUGGCACUACCACCACUUCCAAUGCCAAUAUCUUGCUCAAUAAUCCAUUGGAUGAUUCAUUCCCUUCAAACCAAGCUGUUGCAGCCGAAGAAGAUAGAAGAAUCCAUUCAGUGUCGGUCGAAGAACUUGGACGACAACUGUUGAAACUUGCCAAUGAAAAGGAUUUCAAACGAAUCGAAGACAUAAUUGAAAGGAUUGUGGAUUGUCUGCCUGGUCCUGUCACGCCUCAGAAAGUGUUGAAGAUCGAUGAGAACUCUACUUCUAUUGACAAUUUCUCAACUAAACUCUACGGACAAAUCCUGCACUUUGUUCUGGGCAAAGUCGAUGAGUUCGGCCGCGAAAUACCUGCGCAGGUUAUUCGUUUAUUUGCUUGUGACGGUGCAAAUCUUAGCAUGCUCCAUGAAUCCAUCAACAUCUUAUGUGAGGCCUUGAAAGAAACUCACAGACAAACGGCUAAAACUGAUAUAGUUGUAUAUUUACUCGGAAAACUCAUCGAGAGUGAUGGAAUUGAAUCAGCUUUCUUGGGUUUUAAUGAUCACUUGAAAGAGCGAUCUGAUAGUACAAAAAGCAGAAUUCUUUUCGAUACCAAGGAAGAGAUGUGGCAAGAAUGUAUCCAGUUAUUUGUGUCAUUACCGAAUCGAGUUGCGAAUAAACUUUGUGGUAAAGUACCAGACUUAUUUCUAAAUGAUCACUUCUCUGGGAUCCUGUAUACUCACGUCAUCAACUGCAUUAUUUAUUCUGCAAAAAUUAGAAGUCAUCUUGGUGAACCCUUAGAGUUGGACAAAGUAUCUAAACUACUUGGAAAAAUUUUGGUGAGCUACAGCAAGACGCCAGCCUCGAUUAAGUUCUUUGAAGUGAUGGAUAAGCUUUGUUGUAGUAAUUGUGAAGGAUUUUCGGAGAGCAUUGAGGAAGUGAUGAGUUUGCUAGACAGCAGCUGUGUCGAGCUGGCCGCCGUCAACUUGCUCGCUCAUUGCUCUAGUUCUUCUAUUGUCGUCAUUCUCAACCGAGUACUACAGUCGGAGCAUUGGAGUCACGUUCUAUUGAGAAAAAUCCCCUUCUUAACAUUUUCUCAUGAAGAUAAACUUAUUAGAAAUUUAGUUCACUAUUUGAGUUACGUGCAGUGUGCUCAUUCUGCUGAAAAUAGUAAACUGAGCCGAGUUUUGGUUGAUUUGGCAACUCAGCUGGUGGAUAUCUGGGCAGACAAGAGUGCACUCCUACACACGCCAUUGGAGCAGCACGUUUAUAUCACAAAAAUUAUUAUCAUGAGUGUGAGGUUUCUUUUGAAGAAAUGCAAAGUGGAUCAAUCGGUGAGAAUGGAUUUACAGUCGAGGCUAUUUUCUGGCAUGCCAGUGCACCUGGAGUCCACUUCAGAAACGAUUCGGGCUGUCGGUAUGAUUACGGCCGAGUGUGUCAUCAAACAUCUCAACAGUGAUUCUGGCAACGAGAAAGCUCCGAAAUUGGAAUUCGAAUACGAAAACCUCAGCCAGGAUGCGCUCGUCAUUGUCAACGAUAUAAGACAAUUCUCUGAGUCUGAAAUUGAUUCAAUGUUGAGCGAAAAACAGAGUGCUUCGAAUGUUGAUGUAGAUAGUAUUUGUGAAAGUUUCAAAAAAGAGUUUUCCAUGAGCUUCAAUCGUGAUUCAAAGUUGGAUAAAUAUAGUAGCUCAGAAAUUAGAACGAAGCUUAGCCCAUCCACUCCAUCUGAAUCCCGAUUAGUUCAAGUUGUAACCGAUGAAGCAAGUUCCGAUCUGGGUAAUAGUGAUGACUUGGAACCUUACGACUUAUCAAAUGAUGUGUCAUCUUUGAAAGCGAAACGACCUCUCUACUUGCGAGAUCUUAUAAAAAAUCUUGUUGAUGGACAUGAUGGCAAAAAAGAUCCAGAUGUGUGGAUCGCCAGCAUUGAAGUGUGUGAAGAACUAGUUUACAAACAACUUCCAGAUGAUGACGAAUCUCUUGGUUUGGAGUUGUUAGAGAUCCUUCUCAGUUUAGACAUGCAUUUCUAUUGUGAGAACUUUGAAAGCCUUCGAUUUGCCGGUGCUUUAGCGGUACUAGUUGUGUAUCCGGCGCGCUCUGCCGAGUUUCUGUGCAAGUGUUUCCAUGAAGACAACAGAAGAUAUUCAAUUGCACACAGAUUGCUCAUGCUUGACGUCAUCGCUGAGGCUGCUAAACUGUUAUCGAAUCCCACGAAAGAUCCCAUUCGACAAGCCCAGGAAAGUAUGUCUCUACAAAUCGUGAUACCAAAGAAGGAAACAGUUAAAUCAAAGGAACCAAAUUGGGAAGAAAUGGUUAAAGACAGAAUAAAUAAAAAGACGAGAGUAUUUUGUCAUCCAUCAGCUCGUAUGCCGGUUGGUAAAAAGAAUGUGUUUGCUUCAGUUGUUGGCUCUUUCUUCUUCCCGUUGGUUCGGGGCAGAGGCGAAUCAACGCGAGGAAUCAUGUUUCGCUGCGACAAGUCCACACAAGAAAGUGCCGAGGACUCAUUACUGCUGGUGUCGAGGCUCCUGCACACCCUUGCCGUGGUGAUGGCUUCAGCGGUCAACUCUCAUCUGGCUCAUCGAAUGGGAAAGGAGCUCUUGGAAGCCACUUGGGCACUCAGGUUCCACAAUGAGCCCAAAAUCAAGGAGCAAGUAAUUGCUUGCCUGGCAUCAGUGGUGCUGGCCGUGCCCAAGUCCCUGUUGAACAGUGAACUGCUCCAAGAGAUGGUUGAGGCCAAUCUGUGGUUGGAGGAUGUCACCAACUCAGAUAUCAUUAUAGGAGGACGAUCCUAUAAAGAAAACGUCAGUUGUCAAAGUUUUGCAGCUCAAGUUUCAUUCCUAAUUAGGAAUGCUUUAAGCUUCGAAAAAGACUUCGUUUAAUUGCUGCUGAUCCGAGUUGCACACUUGUCAUAUAUAUUUUUGUUACUUAUGAAUAUGUGCUGUUUGUAUUAUCUAUUAGAAAUUAACAAUCCACCUUAAUGAUAAGUUAUACUAUGAAAAGUUUAAUAUCAGUUUAAUGAUAUGUCGUCUAAGUAAUGAAUAAUUUUCUACUUGAACAUAUUGAAUAACUAGCCUACUUAAUUCUAGUUUAGAUCGUAAUCCUUAGCUUUAUUCAAUUAUUGUGAUAAAGAAUCAAACAGAGUCGCUCUCAUCGUGUAUAAACUAUCAUCUGUUGGACUAUUAAUAAAAUAGAAGAUCUAUUGUAGGGAGUUACGUCAACACGUGGACUCAUGCUAUGAUAAUUUGUAAUGUAUUUUUUAUCUUGCUGAAUGAUGUAGCUAAUUUCCUUCUUAGAGGUAAAUAUGUUCAGUUCAUUGAUUUAAAAUAUAUAUAGUUUAACGGUUAGCAUUUUCAGUACAAAUAUACAGUUUCUAUUAGGAUUCAAUGUUUGUAAUGUAGCUUAGAAUAUGAUUAUUUACUUUUAUUUGUUGGAAAGGUUGAUUAUUUUUAUUCUCGGCUGUGAUAUUUGUACUGAUUUAUGUGAUGAUAAUGUUUCUGAACUUUGUAAUUUGGUUAUUUAAUUUGUUCAAGGUAAUGUUCAAGUUUGUAAAUUGCCGUGACUUGAAAUAAACAUUUUUUUUUCGAGUAA